ACCAUUAGUAUAUAAUUUCCAGCUAUAUCCACACAGUUUUGGACUUGAUAUAUGACGAUGCAUGUCCAAAUAGCACUAUUUGCGGCUGUGAGCACGCUCUUGUGUUUUAAUGUAUUUUCUCAAAUCCUGCCUUCAUCUUGCGAUGGUCCAGAUCCUUGUAAGAACGCCGGUGUGUUUUGUCCAGGAAUUGUGCUAAUUUGCAGAGGACCAAAUCAGGAAAUAAGACCUACUGGACCAUGUAAUUGUUGUAAUGAUUGCUUCAAUAUAUCCCAGGUUGGCGGACCUUGCGGAUCUUCGGAACCUACAUUUAAAUGUGCAAAAGGAUUGGAAUGUAGCAGCGACGUUUGUAAAAUUCCUUAAAGAAAAAGUAAACAGCUGAAACUUUACCAGGACAAAAUAAUAUUAUGUAUCCAUAAAUUUGUAUCAAGUAAACUUAUAAAUAAUCAAAAACAA